ACGCAAAGUCUCUCAUGAUCACAUCUUCUCAGUUACUUGCUAGCUCUCAGCUCUAAAUGUUCUAUAAUUAUAACUUAGGAUCGAUAAAACUAUAAAAUCAAUUAUUUGUUGUAAAAACCCAGGCUUAAAACCGGUAUAGAUGUGAUAAUGAUGUUGUUAGACUCAGUGACACUAUAGUGAACUUCUAGUAAAAUCUAAUCAGUGAUUUAUUUGAUAAUAGUGUGAAUAGAAUCAAAGGGUAUCAGCAAUCUCACACAUCAGUAGUUUUUAAUCAAUAACAAGCUUCUGUGACUCAUAAAUAUUUUUUAAGAAAAAAAUCUAUAAUAUGAAUUUUAAAUUAUUAACAAUUCUACUUACCGUCGUGACUUUAACCACAGCUAGUGCACCUUAUUGUGUCUAUGGCACCACAAAAGCUACAUUUCUUCGUGAUUAUGUAGACUAUACAUGUCAAAUAGAUGUAGAUGGACAGUUAGAUGUAUUAAAUGAAAUUUGGGGACUUCGAGAUCCUGAUGACCCUAAAAGAGAUGAAGAUGUCAAAAUAUUGACAGUCAUGGGUCGAUCAAAGAGCUUAAUGACUAUUUUUUCACCAAUUUUCUGUGAGCAAUUCCCAAAUAUUGAAAUUAUCGACAUGAGCGAUGCUGAAAUUGAAGAAGUGAAGCUGAAUUCUUUGAAUAAUUGUCGAAAUCUUGAGGUUGUGCAGUUCUAUAGGAACAAGUUGUCAGAUAUUGAUGAAAAUUUUCUGUCAAACAAUCGAAAUUUGAAGGAGCUUUACUUAAAUUACAAUAAAUUUACAACAUUUCCUCAACAUUUAUUCAAAAAUCUACAAGACCUUCAAGUAUUAGACUUGUCUGCAAAUAUCCUCGAUGAUCUGCCUUACAACAUCUUCAAUUCUUUACAAAAUUUGAAAACACUGAAGCUUGAUACAAAUCAGCUUAGAAUUCUCAAUCCAGACUGGUUUUUUAACCUUGAGAAUUUACAAAACUUGGAUUUGUCUAGCAAUGAGAUCGCUGAACUCCCAGAGAAUGUAUUUAGCUCUCUGUACAAUUUAAAGACAUUGAACUUGGACAAAAACAAUCUUAAAAUAAUCUCUUCAUAUUCCUUUGAUCAACAUCCAAAGCUUGGCACUGUUUCGUUCUAUAAAAAUGACAUAAAUGCAAUUGAUCAGAGAUUUAUUGAGAAAUGUAAAAUUAAAAGCUUAAAUAUGAAAGGAAAUGCAUGCAGUGAUGACCCAAAAAUAAAUGGAAAGGAUCUAGGCAGGAAACUAAAUCGGUGCUUUAAAAAUUUCAAAUUUAUUGGUCAAGAACCAGAAGCCCAUACAACUACUACAACCAAGAGAACUACUACUUCUAGAACAACAACCACUCGCAAACCGACUACAACAACCGAACCAACAACAACAACAACAAAAACUACCACAACAACAACAAGAACAACAACCAGGAGGAGCGCAUCACGAAUGCUGACACAAAUAACGGAACCUAUAAGAACAACGACGGAACCUUUACCAGAAAUCCGAAGUGAUAUUGAUGAGGAUUUGUGUGGAGAGCGUCAUUCUGGUGUUUCAUUGGUUAUCAAAGGAUAUGAUUUUGAUCAUGGAUCAUAUCCAUGGGUGGCAGUACUAGUCGUCGAUGGUAAAGUCCAUUGCGGUGGGGUUCUUAUAUCCAGAGCUAAAAUUAUUACAGCUGGUCACUGUAUUCUCACGAAAUCAUCGAGAAAGAUCGAUCCAAAGGAAAUAACAGCUGUACUUGGUGGUCAUAACUUAAAUUUACUUCACGAAAUCGACAGGGUAGCAUUUAGUGUAAUAGAAGCUCAUGUUCAUCCAAAAUGGAAUCAGUUCUUACAAAGAUACGAUUCAGAUAUCGCUGUAUUGAUUCUUAGAGAGGAGUUGACUUACAAUCUACAUGUCCGUCCAAUUUGUGUAGCUCAACCGAACACAAGAGCAAUGGAAGUGUCUGAUGGGACAGUUGUUGGAUAUGGAAAGACUGAAGAUACAUCUAAACAAUAUUCAAAUGUUCCAAAGCAAGCAGACACACCAAUUCAUGACUUAGACACUUGCUUACGCUUGUACCCGAAUAUUCAGACAAUUGCACAUCACACAACAUUUUGUGGUGGACAUGGAAAUGGCACUGGAGCAUGCACUGGAGAUAGUGGAGGUGGAUUGUUUGUUAAAAUUGGGAAUGUGUUUUACCUUCGAGGUAUUGUAUCAGCAUCAUUAUCUGGUGAUGCAUACGGAUGUAAUGUUGAGGCUUACUCACUAUUUACGGACAUUACUCAAUUCAUUCCUUGGAUACAUAGUGUUGGACAAGACAGCAUAUCGGUUAGGAUUGAUAGAGAAAAACCAGUAAGAUUUGAGCCUCCAUGGAUAACGACUACUCCAAGAUCAAGUGUAACUCGUCUUCAUCAUGAUGGAAGACCUAUAUGGUGAUAUUGAUGUUCAAAAAUGCUACUGUGACUUAAUAAACUUAUUGAUAAGAUUGAAUAAAAAUAAAAAUUCUUUGUAAAUUUCCUUUUGCUAAAUAAAAUUCAGAUUCAAUCAGGAAACCCC